AUAAUUAGUAUAUGACUGAACGACAAAACAAAAGACUACUUCAAAACUCAGAUGGUCUAUUUUGCAUUUGAUGGGUACUUUACUUGUUUAGAAAUUUCGAAAAAAGAGCAAAUAACACUUUUUACAGUGAUAGAUUGAUGCAGCAGUUUCAGUGUUUUGUUUUCUUUGACAGAAAAGUUUUUUAAAAAAAAGUUUGGAAGGAAAGACGUUCUCUGUCGUCUUAACGAUCAUAAGAUACCUUUUGCAAAGAAGAUACUUCUUAUCUCUCCCAAAAAUGCAAUGAGUUGGCAAAAAUAAAAGAAAUGAUUCAUUUUAAACUCUUAACCUUUGGAUACGCAGUGCUGUUGUAAGUGACCUGGCUAUCUGCCAUCCUAAAGAACCAACUGCGUCUACGCUGUUUCUGUCACUGGAGCAGCUUUAAUUGUAGUUAGUGUUGGAACUGUCAUUGCCCAAAAUCCUUUCGAUCCAUACUAGAAGACACGAAAACAUGUUCUUAGACUGACAUUACUACCUUCCCAAAAGAUUUAUUGUGAUGGAAAACUUCCAUACACGUGCGUUUGUCAAUCAUUAGUGAAAAAUCCUGUUCGAUACGAUUCCAUGUAAGUUCUGAAGAAGAUGUUGACGUUCGCCGUCUUACUUUUAACUGUGAUCCGCAUCUUCUUCCCGCGACCCUCGCAUCGGGACUCCGAUCCGCCUCGAAGGGAUUCCCCACAUGCCAUCGUCCUGAGGAGGAGGAGCAGCCCCUCCUCCAGAAGACUUAGGAGACUCUCUGAUAAAGCGUGUGGAAGUUUUGACGUAGACGAUGGCUCUCCUCAGCCUCGUACAUUGCUGGAUGCCGCCAGCCCUUCUGCAGGGCUGCUGGUUCAGAGUUUUCCUCAGAGGCGAGAAUCCUUCCUCUAUCGGUCGGAUCAUGAUAUGGAUGCAUCGCCCAAGUCUGCCUCCAGGCACUCAUCGCAAGGCAGCGAAACUGAGGAACUCAUUGUGACUCCUUUUGCGCAAAUCUUGGCCAGUCUCAAGAUAGUGAGGAACAAUUAUGUCUCCAUCACAAAUGUGUCUCCUACAUAUAAAAACAAAAAAGGAUGUGGCAGCCCAGGUCACAGCAGCAGUCCUCCGGCACCAAAGCCUACACUUACAGAGGAAGAACAUCAAAGAUUGGCUGAAGAAACACUUGAGGAAUUGGACUGGUGUUUGGAACAGCUUGAGACUAUUCAAGCCCACCGAUCAGUCGGUGACAUGGCAUUCAGUAAAUUCAAGAAAAUGCUCAACAAAGAGUUGAGUCAUUUCUCAUCCGAAUCAAAAUCUGGAAGUCAGAUUUCGGAUUACAUUUGUAGUACCUUCUUAGGUAAGGAAAUAAAUGACAAAAAACAGGAAUUCGAUUUGGACACUUUAAAAGAAGAGGACGAAGAAACGGAAGAAGUUACAGUUGCUCCUCUUCCGAAGUCAAAAGGUCGCGCUGGUCAAGCGAUGUCCAGAAUUUCUGGAAUUAAGAAGACUGUUUGUCAUAGCAACAGUUUCACCGUACUUCCCAAGUACGGCAUUGAAACCCCAAGAGAGGAAGAAUUGGGAGAGCUAUUGGAGGACGUUGACCGUUGGGGAGUGGAUAUUUUUAGGAUAGCUGAAUGUUCCAAUAAUCAUCCACUCACGGCGGUUGCUUACAAGAUAUUUAGAGACAGGGACCUCUGCAAAACAUUCAAAAUCCCUUCAAAGACUUUGAUCAAUUUCUUGCUAAAUCUGGAAGAUCAUUACUUGACUGUUCCGUAUCACAACAGUAGUCAUGCGGCGGAUGUCACACAGUCGGUUCAUGUUCUACUUAUGAUGCCAGCGUUGGAGUCGGUUUUCACUGACCUGGAAGUGUUGGCUAUACUGUUUUCUGCAGCUAUUCACGACGUCGAUCACCCUGGAGUAACUAAUCAAUACCUCAUAAAUUCAAGCUCUGAGUUAGCUCUUAUGUAUAAUGAUGAAUCUGUACUGGAAAACCAUUCUUUGGCUGUAGCAUUCAAGAUGCUCCAGGAUGAAAAUUGUAACAUUUUUGCGAGUCUAAACAAAAAGCAAUUAUUGAGUCUCCGGAAAAUGGCUAUUGAUAUGGUACUAGCCACUGACAUGUCAAAACACAUGAAUCUCCUCGCUGAUUUAAAAACUAUGGUCGAAACCAAAAAAGUGGCUGGAUCUGGAAUGGUGUUGCUGGAUAAUUAUACAGAAAGAAUACAGGUAUUGCAGAAUAUGGUCCACUGUGCAGAUUUGAGCAACCCUACUAAGCCUCUCCCGAUUUACAAGCAGUGGGUUAGUUUGAUUAUGGAAGAGUUCUUCCAACAAGGCGACAAAGAAAGAAGCCAAGGAAUGGAUAUUAGUCCUAUGUGUGACAGACACACAGCGACUAUUGAGAAAUCUCAGGUGGGAUUUAUUGAUUACAUCGUACAUCCCUUGUGGGAGACUUGGGGUGACCUUGUGCACCCAGAUGCCCAAGACAUCUUGGACACCCUCGAGGAGAACAGAGAUUGGUAUCAGAAUAUGAUUCCGCUGAGCCCUUCAAGCAGUCAGAAAGAUGUCUCAGAUGAUUCGGGCAAAGAACCCAUUAAAUUCCAGGUGACGUUGGAAGAGCCAGAAGACGAAGAAUCCGAUAAUGAAAAGGAGUAAUGAUAGGGAUUCCGACCUCUGGGAAAAACCAUUUUCGUUGCGAAAACCCGUCCCGAGGACAAAUCUUUUUUUUUUCCGUUCAAUUAAUCGAUUGGGUUUUCUGAAAUUGGGAAAAGGAGAUGAAAUUGCAUGAAAUGGAUAGCCUACUUCGUUGAAAUGCUCCGAAGCAAAUUACAAAUGAAAAUUUAUUUCAUUGCUUUGACUAUUUUGAAGAACCUAUUCGAUGUAUGUUUGGAACCAAUUCCAAACCCCUUUUUUUUUUUUCAGUAGACUUUCUCGAAUGUGGGGAGACAAUAGAGGAAACGCGCAAUAUAUUCGGUGUGGUAAAACUUUUCGCACUUGAACAUUGAUGAUCUCAGAAAAAAAUGGUAUAAAACACCGACUUCGUGUGGAUUGUGAAUAUCAUUUUUGCUCUUUGUCUUUCUUUGUCGAUAAACCGUUUCAAGCACAUUUCGCUGCAUGUUGAUGUGCUAUUAAGUAACAAAGCUAAUUUUCCAGAAUAUAUAAAGCAAAUUUUACGCAAGUUUCCACUUUCGGUUCGGAACUGCCUUUUCUUUCCAAUUUCUAAAAAUUGGAAAUGUGGAGCUUGUAGUCAAAGAGAUCCCUGCACUCUGGUUUCCGACUAUAUCUCUUUCAAAGAAUAACCAUAUUCCAGCCAAUUUAUUACUUAAAUUUGUUCCUUAAUCUAGUUAAUUUUAGUCAUACAUUUCGUUAUGUUUUUGCCACCCAUAAAUUAAUAACGGGAAGAUUCUGAAUUUUCCACCAUUCCUGAGCAAAUCUAUGUAAAAAUAUUACUCAUUCGCUCUAAUUCUUUCUAAUGAUAAACAUAAACGCCAUAUUUUUUUAAUAAAGGGGAUAACUUAUUUUACUAUUUCAGGAAAGGAAAUCAUUUUUUUAUGGAGGGCAAAAAUAUUUAGAGCGUUUAUCAAAUGUGGUACUAAACAUUUAAUAGAACUACAUUUCAUGCUGUACAAACUAGUCAGGCGUAUAUUUUGUCACAAAUGGUUGUUCUUUGUUUCGAUAUCCUCCACGUUUGUAGAAAUCAAAGCAUAUCAUAGAAUUUUGUAAGCCAAUAGAUUGUUCGUGGUCUCUAGUCAAAGAGAAAGUUCUGGACUCCAUGCAACAAUGCAGAGAAAAAACUUGGAUAAUUUAAACCGAUUUUUCAAAAAUUUCUCUAAUUUCCCCAUACUGAAAUUUUUGGAGUCCAGUCCCAAGUUCUUAUUAGUGAGAUCCUUUGUUUCCAAACUUGAGGCUAAAUAAAUCGCACAUGCAUCUAAGAAUCGGUAUCUUUCGGUUCUCGAUGUUUCAUAUUUCACCAUUCAUCGUGUAUUUGUGUUAGUUUUUCACGUUAGUUAAAUGUUUUGAAUCAAAGUACAAGCCGAAGAGUGUGUCCCAUGUAAAUAAGUCUCUUUUUUCUCCCUUCGAAAAUUUAACUUCUUGAGUGGAAAUCUUAGCACUUAAGCCUCGCUAUAAUCCAGAGGAAGUUUCAGUUGCGGUACAGGGUAGACCAUCCGCGAGGCCAGCAGUUGUACAUAGACUUGUGAUAUGGAAUUCUCUCGUUAGCCUGGGAUUGUCUACGUUGGAUCGCAACUGAAUAGCUUCUUUUCCUGCGCCUUUAGAGUAAACUUGCAUCUGUUGGCGUACAAAACAGGCUCUGCUGUGCUAGACUACUAUAUGUUAGAGAAGAAAUGGUAUUUAUUUAUCCAAGUGUCGCGCUUUGCUAAGCUCUAUCUAUGUAUGCACUGUAGAGGUAGUAUUGAGAAAUUAAUCAUUCAUUCAUAUCAGAAGAAAUUCCCCAUUCAAAUUUCUUGUGCUUCUUCUGAGUAAACAAGAUUCAUUCCAGUCUGUCCUGCGCUUUGUUUGUGCUAUUUAGACAUUGCUGCAGCAAAUAAAUCUGGUUACGAGAAGAGUUUCUGUUUAAAGGAUGCAUGUCGCUGCAUGAUUUACUCGUAAGUAGUAUUUAGAUGCUGCAGCUGAUUCGUGGUGUACAGCUAUCAAAAUUUAAAAAUACAAUUAAUUGGCAAACAGCUCUUUGUAUAGCAUGUAAUUGUGAUUUUGGUAUACCGUCUCACCAAAGUGCACAACUUCACAUUUAAACAUCUACUAUUUGAGCCACUUAGAGUUUAAAGGAUAUUGCUUUUUAAUUUCUCCACUCCACUGUGCUGUGAAUUCUCUGUGGAAAUUUUAUAAUUUGUUCUCGAGUGCCAAAUUUGGCGCUUUUGCCAAAUCUUUGCCAACGCUUCAAAUGAAAAGCUGAGAGCAAUGAAAAGUAUCUAGAUAUGAAUGGCGUUACAACUUCAAGUAGGCUCUCUUUUUAUUCAAGUUGUUUAUGCAGGUGACACAUCUUGACGUGAUUCAUUGUAAAAAAAUAUCUGAAUUUAAAUAAAGGAAAUUUGUGUUUA